CCGUGGCUGUCAGUGACGUGUUGCACUAUAUUUCUAAAUAACUUAAAUUAAAUAUAUUUUGUGUAGAGAGUGUUAAAACAUGUCGCAAUUUGGUGGGCCUAACGAUUUCUAUGCCUCUGGGCCGGCAGAUAACAGCUAUAACUUCGACAUGCCCGAGUUUGGCCAAGAACUCAAUUUCCAGAGUUUCGACAAUACACAGACCUCGGUGCCACCGAGCUUUGAUGCGCCCUAUAGUAACGCGCCAAAUCAAGGACUUGGCGGCUUUUACGAUCCAACAGCCUACACAGAUAAUACCUACGCACAGGACAAAUCAUUUAAUCAAACUGGCGCUGCCGGCGCCACUGCCACGGGCAACGAGUUCGACGAUGAGCCGCCGCUGCUGGAAGAACUGGGCAUCAAUCCAAAUCACAUCUUCCAAAAGACUUUGGCCGUGCUUAAUCCCUUGCGCGGCACAGAGCAACAAAUUCUCCAGGAUACGGACAUGGCUGGUCCAUUGGUCUUUUGUCUUACACUCGGUGGCAUUCUCCUGCUGAGCGGUAAAGUUACAUUCUCGUAUAUCUAUGGCAUUGGAGUGAUGGGCUGCAUAUUUUUCUAUUGUCUGCUGUCACUGAUGGUCACUCGCUCCCAAGUGACCUUUGGCGCGGUCGCCUCCGUACUGGGCUAUUGUCUGUUGCCCAUGGUCGUGCUUUCCGGCAUAAACAUUUUAAUCACUAUUCAGGGUACACUCGGCCUAAUUGUGAGCGGCAUCGCUAUACUCUGGUGCGCCAUAUCGGCAUCGAAACUAUUCGCCACGGCAUUCUCCAUGGACCAUCAACAGCUGUUGAUUGCCUAUCCGUGUGCGGUGCUCUAUGGAGGAUUUGCGUUGAUUACCAUUUACUAGGCGUCCGCCCCGAGGCAACCACUGUGGCAACUGUCUCUGUCUCUGGCUCCGUGUCCCUGUGUCCUUGUGUUUCUCUUUCUAUCCUCUCUCCUUGUGUAUUGCAAUAUUGUUGCAUGAUUUUAAUCGUCCUACACAGACACAGACACAUGCACACACCCACACACACGGCACAUAACCAGAGACACACACAUUGUCCAUAGAGAUGAUAAUAUUUUAAGAAAAUAAGCGCCGAUUGCAAAUUUGUUUUUCAUAUGUUUUUCAGCUUCGAUGCCGUGUAAUAAAUUUAAUUGAAAAAAGUAAAAAAGAAGUUAACAAAUUGAAA